UAGCUUUUGUUUCAGUGGGAUAGUCCAAUCGAAAGGGUGGUCGCGUUAUAACUGAGCUUUCGCCUCGGCUGAGGAGAAGUAUGCUGUCUUGGAAUACGACAUUGAAAGAGAAAGAACACACGAACCUCAAGCAGAAUGAGUGUGAUGGAGUAGAGAAGGCGCAUGUGUAAUGAGUGUGUAGCCUAUGUAUAUGCAGACACUGCCCACCGCUGUCGCGCUCCCCCCAUCUUGCAUGUGGACUGUCUACCGCCGGACGGAGUCGCACCAGGGUUCGUGCCACUGCAGGGGAAAAACCCGGCAAGAAUGGAUUUCUAACAACGUUUCUCCUUUCUGUCCUUUACCCAACUGACGUCAUCCUCAAUGUCUCUCACAAAUUUUAACUAACAAAAUGAGGAUUUCUUGUAAUCAGCUUUUACUGCUAUUCUCUUGCGUUUGGGGACUCACUAUGGGUGCUUUUCCGAGCAGCGUUCAAAUCGGCGGGCUGUUCAUCAGGAACACAGAUCAGGAGUACACUGCCUUUCGGUUGGCCAUUUUUCUUCACAACACAAGUCCUAAUGCAUCUGAGGCCCCUUUUAACUUGGUACCCCACGUGGACAACAUUGAGACAGCCAACAGCUUUGCCGUGACCAAUGCCUUCUGCUCGCAGUACUCGAGGGGCGUGUUCGCCAUUUUUGGACUGUACGACAAGAGGUCGGUUCACACGCUAACUUCCUUCUGCGGCGCACUACACAUCUCCCUCAUCACGCCCAGUUUCCCCACCGAGGGCGAGAGCCAGUUUGUGUUACAGCUGCGGCCAUCCAUACGAGGGGCCCUUCUCAGCUUGCUAGACCACUACGACUGGAAUCGGUUCGUCUUUCUCUACGAUACUGACAGAGGUUAUUCGAUACUACAGGCUAUCAUGGAAAAGGCAGGCCAGAAUGGUUGGCAGGUCAGCGCUAUAUGUGUCGAGAACUUUAAUGAUGCCAGUUACCGGCAGCUUCUCGAAGACCUGGACCGUAGGCAGGAAAAGACGUUUGUCAUAGACCUGGAGGCAGAGAGACUGAACAACAUGCUGGAGCAGAUUGUGAGUGUCGGCAAGCAUGUCAAAGGCUACCAUUACAUCAUGGCAAAUUUGGGUUUUAAGGACAUCAAUCUAGAGCGUUUCAUGCAUGGGGGAGCCAAUGUGACAGGCUUUCAGCUGGUGGACUUCAGCAAUCCCAUGGUUAUUAAACUCAUGCAACGCUGGAACAAGUUGGACCAGCGCGAGUACCCCGGCUCUGACGCACCUCCCAAGUACACUUCCGCUCUGACAUAUGAUGGCGUGAUGGUGAUGGCAGAAGCCUUCCGGAACCUUCGCAGACAGAAGGUGGACAUCUCCCGCAGGGGCAACGCUGGAGACUGCCUGGCCAACCCCGCUGCACCCUGGAACCAGGGCAUCGACAUGGAGCGCACACUCAAACAGGUGCGCCUCCAAGGAUUAACAGGAAAUGUCCAAUUCGACCACUACGGCCGCAGAGUCAACUACACAAUGGAUGUUUUCGAAUUAAAAAGUAACGGCCCCAGAAGGAUUGGAUAUUGGAAUGAUGCUGAUAAGUUGGUUCUGACCCAGGAUCAAGCCUUGCUUCCCAACGAAACGUCUGGCAUGGAGAACAGAACCGUGAUUGUGACGACUAUUAUGGAAGGGCCGUAUGUAAUGCUGAAGAAGAACUGGGAGAUGUAUGAGGGGAACGAGCAAUAUGAGGGAUACUGCGUGGAUCUGGCAUUUGAAAUCGCCAAACACAUUGGUUUCAAGUAUAAGAUCUCCAUCGUGCCUGAUGGAAAGUAUGGAGCUCGGGACCCAGAGACAAAGAUCUGGAACGGGAUGGUUGGGGAGCUGGUGUACGGGAAAGCGGAAAUCGCUGUGGCCCCAUUGACUAUCACUUUGGUCCGGGAGGAGGUCAUUGACUUCUCGAAACCCUUCAUGAGCUUGGGCAUUUCCAUCAUGAUUAAGAAGCCCCAGAAAUCCAAGCCGGGCGUCUUCUCCUUCCUGGACCCACUGGCCUACGAGAUCUGGAUGUGCAUUGUGUUCGCCUAUAUCGGCGUAAGCGUGGUGCUCUUCCUGGUCAGCCGCUUCAGCCCGUAUGAGUGGCACACCGAGGAGCCCGAGGAGGGCACUGACGGUCUGCCUAGCGACCAGCCCCCCAAUGAGUUUGGGAUCUUCAACAGUCUCUGGUUCUCCCUGGGAGCCUUCAUGCAGCAAGGUUGCGACAUCUCGCCCAGGUCUCUAUCUGGACGUAUCGUGGGUGGAGUGUGGUGGUUUUUCACCCUCAUCAUCAUCUCCUCCUACACAGCCAACCUGGCUGCUUUCCUCACUGUGGAGAGGAUGGUGUCGCCCAUUGAGAGCGCUGAGGACCUGGCCAAGCAGACAGACAUAGCGUAUGGUACACUUGACUCAGGCUCCACCAAAGAGUUCUUCAGGAGGUCAAAGAUCGCCGUUUAUGAGAAAAUGUGGAGCUACAUGAAGUCGGCCGAGCCCACGGUGUUCACGAAGACCACGGCAGAGGGUGUGGCACGGGUGAGAAAGUCCAAAGGGAAGUACGCCUUCCUGCUGGAGUCCACAAUGAACGAGUACACGGAGCAGCGCAAACCCUGCGACACCAUGAAAGUGGGAGGCAACCUGGACUCCAAAGGCUACGGGGUGGCCACGCCCAAGGGCUCACAGUUAAGAACCCCCGUAAACCUUGCCGUUUUGAAACUGAGCGAAUCAGGCAUCUUAGACAAGCUGAAAAACAAAUGGUGGUACGAUAAGGGCGAGUGUGGACCCAAGGACUCGGGAAGUAAGGACAAGAGCUCACAGGCCCUCAGCCUCAGUAAUGUGGCUGGGGUCUUCUACAUUCUGGUCGGGGGCCUGGGCCUGGCCAUGCUGGUGGCCCUCAUCGAGUUCUGCUACAAGUCCCGAAACGAAGCCAAGAGAAUGAAGCUCACCUUUACCGAAGCCAUGCGGAACAAGGCGCGCCUGUCCAUUACGGGGAGCGUGGGCGAGAACGGGCGCGUCCUGACUCCCGACUGCCCGAAGGCUGUCCACUCCGGCCCCUCUCUGCGGCAGAGCUCCGGACUGGCUCUGGUGUCGUCCGACUUACCGUGAAAACCAAAAACGCUCAAGUGCCUUAAACUCCACAAGACCGCAAAACAGACAACAGAAAACCGACCCUACAGCAAUGACGCCACCAAGCUGAGCAAUCGUGCUGACAAGGUAGAUUUCGAAAGGAACCUAGGCCCCUGGUGGCUUCACACACCCGGGGUGCCUCCGCAAGACAAUAUACCGUAUGAAGGAUGGUUAUCGCACAGACUUCUGUGUUUCCGUCAUGUACAUUCAAAGAACUCGUGCUGCCUUUGAGGGUGAAGCAGGUGGGAAGAAAGAACAGUGUGAAUCUUGGUAGCCUGUUUGGCGAAAAAAGAUCUGCUCGUUCUAACACUCUGCCAUAACCCUCGCCAAACCGAAACACCGCAACUCGACAUCCUGAUAUAGUUAAAAAUGGGCAUUUGUUUGCCCGAGAGGGUAUUAACAUGGAUAUGGUAUUAAUGAAUACUUAUUAAAUAAACUGUGAAGAAGAGUUCAUAUAUAUAUUCUAUAAAAUCAUAAGUAAAAUAAAUUAUUUACAUCGUUUUGUAAAUAGAAGACUGUACAACUCGCUUGCUUUUUAACGAAUUUGUAAAUAGCCGAUUCUGUAGUGGACAGAGUGUAAUUCUCUUUUUAAACCAUCUUUAGACAAAUGAUUCAUCGCAAUAAUGAUUAGAAAACAUUAAAAAGAUGAUUUGAUAUAUGUAGAUGUACAUGAACUUCUAUGGAUUUAAUAACAUGGGCAUGUUAUCAGUGCCAGUGACCUAUGCGCCCAUGAUUCUCGGGAAUGUGGCACACACUCUCAGUGCAUCUCAGCCGCUGCUCUUUCCCAAGCCAUGCCCUGCAUAAUCACUGUGCAGUUGUAGACCAUGGUACCCUCUAGACUGUUUUAUUUUUUUCCACAGAAACAUAUUUUAUUUUUGAUUUUAUGUGAUUACUGAAAAAAAAAGGAAAUAUUGAGUAUUUAAAUGUUUGUCCAUUCAUUUUAGAGCAGACGUCUUUAUGAAUGAUAUAAAGAAAUUCAAUUGGACGAGAAAUCAAUCAAACUUCAUUGCGCAAAUGUGUAUAGAAAUAGAAUAGAAAGUGUUCUGAACACUGACCGCCUCUGAAGACACUGUUUGUAUCGUGAGAGCCAUUGUCAGAGUUCAGCUUUGGCCUUUUUUAUGAAAAACACUGUGUAACCUCAUUCAGGCCUUUAGCAUGUUCUCCAGAAACUGUAGCAAUGGACAUCUGGACGAAAGGACAGUACAUGGACAAUUUCAAAGCUUCAGGACACCAUCAUGGAAAACGGAUCAAUCUUUCUCUGCCCGGUUCUGUUCAACUUGCAUUUGAUCUGAAAGUGCAAUUUAUGGUCCCUUCUGUUCCAACAACACCUCGUCUUGAUGAAUACACAUGUACUUUUACUCAAACACACAGUGUUUGUCUCUCGUUGUAUUUCUCCCUCUUUUUCCUCUCUGCUUUCUACUCUCAUUCUGUCUCAAACACACACACACACACACACACACAAUGAUCCUGAUGCAUAUUGAAGUUCAGUGUGUCUGGAGAGUGGCAUUAGCUUUUUUUCCCCAUGGUUUCUAAAGCUGUGAUGAAAGUGGUGUCCUUACUAGGUUAAUAUGUUAAAAUUGUAAAUAUUUAUUUUGAUCAUUUUUUAGUAAAAUAUCAAUGGACAUGAAA